AUGAAGGAUCAUAACCACAACCCUUCAAAGUUCUUCCCUAAGCUAAUCAAUGUCCAAGUCCACCUCCUCAAUCUUCUCUCUUGUUUCCUCAUCUUUGGGGGUGGUUUACUCCUCGGAAUCGUACUUGCCUCUUCUUAUCUCAAGGACUCUUCCUUUAUCUUACAAAUAGCCCAACUAUCAAUCUCAUCAUCAUCAUCAUCAUCAUCAUCUCCGUCCAAUAAUGCCGAUAUUACACAUGAGCUAUAUAGUCCAAAUGACAGUGUCACAAUGUCUAACAUGACCGAAGUUCAUGUUGGAGCGUUCGAGGAAUUUCUAAAACCUCCAAAGGUUUGGCACGACAUGGACGAUGAGGAAUUGUUCUGGAGAGCUUCCAUGGCCCCUCGGAUAUCAGAGUAUCCAUUCCACCGAGUUCCAAAAGUUGCGUUCAUGUUCUUGACAAAGGGACCAAUUCAUUUGGCCCCAUUGUGGGAGAAGUUCUUCCAAGGGCAUCAAGGCUUGUACUCAAUCUAUAUCCACUCAGAUCCGUCUUACAAUGAAUCCUCUCACACGGAAAGCCCCAUUUUUCAUGGCAGAAGAAUCCCAAGUCAGAGAGUAGAAUGGGGACAUGUGAACUUGAUUGAAGCCGAGAGCCGCCUAAUCGCGAAUGCACUUCUGGACAUUUCAAACCAACGUUUUGUUCUGCUUUCAGAAGCAUGCAUACCCCUCUUCAAUUUCUCCACGGUCUACUCUUACCUCAUGAACACCAACCAGACUUUUGUACAGGUCUAUGAUGAUCCAAGCGCAGUUGGGCGUGGCCGAUAUAGUGAAAGCUACUACCCUCAAAUCACAUUGGAUCAGUGGAGGAAAGGGUCGCAGUGGGUUGAAAUGGAUAGAGACCUUGCGAUUGAAGUUGUUUCAGAUCAAAAAUACUACACAACUCUCCAAAAACUCUGCGUAGGCUAUUGCUUUGCAGAUGAGCAUUACUUGCCAACAUUUAUGAACAUAAGAUUUCCGGAAAAGAAUUCAAAUAGGAGUGUGACCUGGGUGGAUUGGACUAGAGGCGGACCUCAUCCUGUCGAGUAUGCAAGCACAGAUGUCACGGUUGAGCUUCUAAACAUUCUGAGGACUAGCACCUGGUGUGAAUACAAUGGAAGGGGCACAAAUGUUUGUUUCUUGUUCGCGCGGAAGUUUGCGCCAAAUUCUUUGGAUAACCUACUGAGGAUUGCACCACAGGUAAUGCAAUUCGACACAGACAUAAGGAGUACUAGUUAG